UCCCUCUCGUAGUCCCUUUUGUUCUUGUGCCCUUUUCCCUUUCUCCAAGUUUCUUCUAAACAGCACUUAGCUUUCCCCAAAUUUGAGCUUCGCGAACUACACUGGCACAGAUAAGAUAUAACAAAAGAUGUCUCGGAGAUAUGAUAGCCGUACAACGAUCUUCUCUCCAGAAGGUCGUCUUUACCAAGUUGAGUAUGCUAUGGAGGCCAUUGGAAAUGCUGGUUCUGCUAUUGGAAUUUUAUCAAAGGAUGGUGUUGUCUUGGUUGGUGAAAAGAAAGUUACUUCCAAGCUUCUUCAAACCUCGACUUCCACUGAGAAGAUGUACAAGAUUGAUGACCAUGUUGCUUGUGCUGUGGCGGGAAUAAUGUCUGAUGCAAACAUCCUCAUCAACACUGCCAGGGUCCAGGCACAGCGCUACACCUAUGCAUACCAGGAGCCUAUGCCUGUUGAACAGCUGGUUCAAUCUCUUUGUGACACCAAGCAAGGCUACACACAGUUUGGUGGUCUUCGCCCCUUUGGUGUUUCAUUUCUGUUUGCAGGAUGGGACAAAAACUAUGGUUUCCAACUUUACAUGAGUGAUCCUAGUGGUAACUAUGGUGGAUGGAAAGCUGCAGCUAUUGGUGCCAACAACCAAGCAGCACAAUCAAUGCUGAAGCAAGAUUACAAAGAUGAUAUCACAAGGGAGGAGGCUGUCCAGCUUGCACUGAAGGUUCUUAGUAAAACCAUGGACAGCACUAGUCUUACUUCCGACAAGCUUGAACUAGCUGAGGUUUUCCUUACACCUUCAGGGAACGUGAAGUACCAGGUUUGCUCGCCAGAUUCUCUGAGUAAGUUGUUGGUGAAGUAUGGGGUCACUCAACCUGCUGCUGAGGCUUCUUAAGUUAUUUUAUGCUUUCAAGUCGUACACUAUGGUUAAUGAGGAAGUUUGGAUUAUCUAUGUAUUUCUUGUUAUUUUUCUUGGCAAGUUGAAUUAUGGAACAAUGUGUUAGAUGAUCAGAAUUCCGAUGUGGUUAGACUAUAACAUGGGUUAAACUUGGACCUUAUUUUUAUCAUAUUUUCUUGUGUUAAAUGUUAUGUUAUAUGAACAUGUUCAGGAAGCAACUGUUGUAAGUAAAUCUAGGAGUUCCGU